AUGGCGCCGUGGCGCGCGGCCGCCGUCGCGUGCUGCGCGACCGCGGCCGCCCUCACCGCACCCGUGCUCUCGCGCCACCGACGACACGCGCGCCGCGACGCCGUCGGCGACGCCUGGGCCGCGGCCGUGGCGGAGGAAUUCAAAGAUGGUUCCCGAGACGACGCGCACGACGACCUGCAGGCAGCAGCACAAGUCCGCGACGCCCUCGAAUUGUUAAAACCCGAGCUGAUACGAGCCUGGGACGACGACGACGCGGUCCUCGUCGAGGGUAUCGACGCUUUUGAUGGAUGGUUCGGCUUGAAGGAGCUCGAGGCGGCGUGUAGUAAUGGAGAGGUCCGCGAGGCAGGGAGAGGAGUUUUAGGCGCGGGCGGCGCGUGGCAGAUGGCUAGAGUUGGGGUGAAGGACGAACCGAUCACGUACGACGACGUCAAGGGUGUGCUAGAUGCGUCCCAGACCGUUGUUUUGAACUCAUUGGACGCGACGUGUUCGAGGGUCGCGGCAUUAAGUUUAGCGUCCAUCGACGCUUUUGGGUUGCCGGUGUGCACGAACGCCUACGCGACGGGCGCCGGCGCGGCGACGUCGGCGCCGCCGCACACGGACAAGCAGCGCGUUUUGGUGUUUCAGUGCUUCGGGCGGAAGCAUUGGAGGGUGUGGCGGCCGCCGGAUCAAUCAAAGCGGCCGGAAACGGACCCGCUCGCGCGCGGCAAGGGCACUGAUGUAUUAUCAUUCGACGAAUUCGAUGACGAGCCCGUCUUAGACGUGACCCUACGACCGGGCGAUGUACUGUACGUGCCGGCGGGCUGGCCCCACACGACGGAUACGUUGGACUGCGCCACUGAUGAUCCGUCCAUACAUUUAACUUUAGGCGUGGACACGCACGUCUGGGGCUUGGACGCGGUGACCGUUGUCGACGCGGCCGGCGCGGAUCAUCAAUACAGAGGUUUCACGAACGACGCCCCCGCGGAUAUUUACUGGAACCGAUUGCGCAAGACCCUGCCCUGUCUGGGCUGGCGCUCUGAUGAUUCGUCGCAUGGUGCUAUUGCGGAGGCGCUACAGGCGGUCACUACUGAUUCUACCUUUGAUGCCGCGGAGGCGUCGAAAAAAACGGUAAAACAUGCCUCAAAGACGACGAAGACAAUACGGGACCUCUACGCGGAUGUUGUGUUUAGAACAACAAAGGGCGCGACGCCCGCGACGCGGCCGGCGCCGCACUUCGCGCGGCUGGAAAAGGCCAUGGACGGGUUCCUGGCGUCCCUCGGGUCGCCCAUCGCUGCCAGCUCACCUUUUAGCGUGGGCGAUAAAGUGAAAGCGCCCAUGGUCGGCGUCGACGAGUUGUUUGAUGCGACCGUGGAAAGGGUCGCGCCGGACGGGACCAUCGACGUGCUCUUCUUCGACGGCGACCGCGAGUUUGGAUUAGAUCCGGCGUCGGUGCGCAAGCUCAAGAAGAAGAAGAAGUCAAAGGUGGUUGCGAAGGGCCUUGGUGGCGGCGGCGCGAAGAAGUCCGCGAAGAAGAAGAAGGUUAAGAAGAUGAGGUAG